AUGACCACCAAUUCAUGUGUUCUUCAACCCAAACCAACAAGAAUGGCUUCAACAUCAAAACCAAACUUACUCUUCUUCUUAAUUUGGGCUACACUUGUCUUUCAAGGGGUUGCAGGAACCAGAACACUAGCUCAGCUUCCUCAUCAGAACUCUGCAACAAAAAAAGAUUUAAACUUGCAGCAUACAAGCAAUGUAAUGAUGAGGAGAAGAUCAAUGAUAGGGUCGGUGAGGCCAACUUGUACGUACAACGAAUGCAGGGGAUGCAGGUCUAGGUGCAGAGCCGAGCAAGUUCCAGUGGAAGGAAACGACCCGAUAAAUAGUGCUUACCAUUAUAGAUGUAUUUGUCAUAGGUAAACUCUCAUAAUAUUUAAAUCGUUAUUUGAACUAAAUAGUUUGAGGCAAUUUAAGUUCUUAGCUAAAUUGUGGAGUUUGUAGAACAAAAAAAAAAGAGUAAAAAAAACAUGUUAUAUGCUAUUGUUUACACUAGUAUUAUGGAAUUUUGUUGGGAUUUGAGUGA